AGCGGCAUGGCCGUGUGGACCCGGGCUAGCAAAACGGGGCUGUUAGAACUGCUUUUAAGGGAACGCUGGGUACGGGUAGCGGCGGAAUUAAACGGGGAAUCUUUGAAUUUAACGGCGGAACCGGGAGGAUGUGAAACGGCGGCGGUUAACGGCGUAGUUAACGGCAACGCAGAGGCAACGGCAGCUCCCGGUUGCGUGAGGAGGGUGCGGGUAGUGAAAGCGGAAGCGGGAGGGCUUGGUAUUAGUAUUAAAGGAGGGAGGGAGAAUCGUAUGCCGGUGCUCAUCUCUCGGAUCUUCCCCGGUUUGGCGGCGGAACGGAGCGGGGCUCUCCGUUUGGGCGACGCUAUUCUUGCUGUUAAUGGUGUUGAUCUCCGGGAUGCCACCCACGAUCAAGCUGUCCAGGCGUUGAAGCGAGCCGGGAGGGAGGUCAUUCUCGAAGUGAAGUUCAUGCAGGAGGUGACCCCCUACAUCAAGAAACCCUCUCUGGUGUCGGAUCUGCCAUGGGAGGGGGCCACCCCACAGUCGCCCAGCCUGAGUGGCAGCGAGGACUCAGGAUCCCCCCAGCACCAGGGUCCCCGUGACCGCAAGGUGAUCCCCCUGAAGAUGUGCUUUGUUGCCCGGAAUCUCAGCAUGCCUGACCUGGAGAACAGGCUGAUCGAGCUGCACUCGCCGGACAGCCGGAACACCCUGAUCCUGCGCUGCAAGGACACGGCAACAGCACACUCCUGGUUCACAGCCCUGCAUGCCAACAUCACUGCCCUGCUGCCCCAGGUCUUGGCAGAGCUCAAUGCCAUGCUGGGCACCAGUGGUGCUGUGGCUGGUGGCAGGGAGGUCAAGCACAUUGCCUGGUUGGCUGAACAGGCGCGCCUGGAUGGAGGGCGGCAGCAGUGGCGGCCAGUGCUCAUGGCAGUGACAGAGAAGGACCUGCUGCUGUACGAUGGCAUGCCCUGGACCAGGGAUGCCUGGGCCUCCCCGUGUCACAGCUACCCGCUGGUGGCUACCAGGCUGGUCCACUCAGGCUCAGGCCGACGCUCACCCGCCCUGGGCUCCGAGCUCACCUUUGCCACCCGGACAGGCUCUCGCCAGGGUGUGGAGAUGCACGUCUUCCGUGUGGAGACACACCGGGACCUCUCCUGCUGGACACGUGUCCUCGUCCAGGGCUGCCAUGCUGCAGCCGAGCUGAUCAAGGAGGUCACCGUGGGGUGCAUGCUGGGCGGGCAGGAUGUGCAGCUCUCCAUCCACUAUGAGUGUGGCUUCACCAUCUGCCGCGAGGAGCCGGGCACUGGCGCUGGCACCGUCCUCUUCCGCUACCCCUACGAGAGGCUGAAGAUGUCAGCAGAUGAUGGCAUCAGGACUCUCUACCUGGAUUUCGGGGGCCCUGAGGGGGAACUGGCUCUGGACCUCCACUCCUGCCCCAAGCCCAUCGUCUUCAUCCUCCACACCUUCCUCUCUGCCAAAGUCACCCGCAUGGGGCUGCUGGUGUAG